AUGGCAACUAUCUCAAUCCAAGACUGCAACUCCUUUGUGAAGCAACAACAUAUCGUCAGCCACGAUGUUUCUACACUCGCGACAGGCCUCUGGCAAUACCUCAACCUUUCUCUGCUAUGGAACACUUUACUCAUCCUCUUGAUUGCCAUCAAUUUCAAGAAUUUUCCAUUCAUCUAUCACCUUCGCAUCCUCAAUGCCAUCCGCUUCGUUCUAAAAUCCCAGCGUUCACCACAUAAACUCACACCAGACCACCUCUUCCAACCCAUGAUUACCUCUUCCAAAGCACCCAUUACAGAAAUCGAUGUCUUCGGUCACAAGUCAAACAGCACAUACUUCACCGACGUCGACAUCGCACGAACACAUCUCAUCACCACCAUGUUCAGCCAUUCGAUUGAAAAGUUCCGCGGCGGUACUACGAUGAACGGUCUGAGCGGACAGCCUCGCAGUCAAUUUACUAUGCCGUUGGGAGCUGUCUCGUGCACUUUCAGGAAAGAGUUCAAGCCUUACGAGGCGUACGACAUGUGGACGAGGAUCUUGUCAUGGGACGAGAAGUGGUUCUACCUCGUCACUCAUUUUGUCAAACAAGGCGACAAGAUCGAGCCCACAGAGCACAGUCUAUAUCCUCAGCAGAACAGCAACGGCAAGAAGUCUCAUCGCAAUUUUGAUAAGCCAAUGUGUAGCUCUGUAUGUGCAACAGCGCUGAGCAAAGUCGUCUUCAAAAACGGCCGCAUGACUGUCGCGCCGGAAGUCAUGCUCGAACUCGCUGGCUUACUACCGGCGAAGGAGGAUAUACAGACAGACGCUGUUCACGCACAACUCAAGACCAACAUGGCCGAAGGACUAACUAGGCGCGAGGCCGUCAAACUUGCUAUGGAUGAUGUUGAAAAGAUCGAAGGCUCUGACAGUGAGAGCAGCUACGAUGAAUCUCGCAGAUCAAGCACAGAUCAAGUCAAGAUUGAAUGGACUCGCGAACGCAUUGAAAGGGAGCGACAACGAGGCUUGGAGACUGUUGGAGUACUAGCUAAGCAAGGUGUACUGGAGGACGAAUUUAGUGGUAGUGACGGUCCUGCGUUAGGUCGUCACUAUGACGGCCAUGGAAUUGAGGGUGUCGUGACGACUCUGGCACAGCUUGGAGGCCUAAGCAACUACCAGCUACUGUGA